AUGGCCUCCAAAAAAGACUCCAAAGCUGCUGUACGCCUCCAACCUGUCCCUGAGAAACGAGGAUAUGAGUUUUUUGGCCCGCCUGGUGCCUUUGCCAUUACCUUCGGUCUCCCCGUUCUCCUUUACGGCUUCACAUUUUUGUGCAAUGAUGUCUCCGGCUGCCCUGCCCCGUCCCUGCUGCACCCCUCGACCCUUACGCUCGAUCAGUUGAAGGUAGAGGUUGGCUGGCCCGAGGGAGGAUUGCGCGCGCUCUACGAUACACAAGUUUUUCUGUGGGUUCUGAGCUACUACCUGCUCCAGCUGUUUCUGUACGUGGCUCUACCCGGCCAGUUCGCGGAGGGCACCGAAUUGGCCUGCGGCGGGAGGCUUCGAUACAAAUUCAAUGCUUUCCCGACUGCCAUGAUCAUUCUCUCUGGCUUGGCUGUGGGGACCUACGUGCAUGGAGCCGAUUUCGUUGUUUGGACAUUCAUUUGGGACAACUAUCCACAGGUUAUCACCGCGAACCUGAUAGUAUGCUGGUCAAUCGCCAUUUUUGUCUACGUGGGGAGCUUCUCCGUCCCUGCGCCAGGUCAGCCCAACCCCGAGCUUCGCCAAUUGGCACCGGGCGGACAUUCAGGCAACGUGCUCUAUGACUUCUUCAUCGGGCGCGAGCUGAACCCGCGAGUAAAGUUGCCAAUCCCAUUCAUCGACGAGCCGUCGCGAACAAUUGAUAUUAAGACCUGGUGCGAGAUGCGGCCUGGUUUGCUAGGAUGGAUUAUUUUGAACUUGUCCAACAUUGCACGCCAGUACAGAACCUACGGAUACGUCACCGACUCUAUUGUCCUCUCAACCGCACUACAGGCUUUCUACGUCCUCGACGGUCUCUACAUGGAGCCGGCUCUCUUGACGACAAUGGACGUGAUCAUGGACGGCUUCGGAUACAUGCUUUCCUUCGGAGACAUGGCCUGGGUCCCUUUCAUCUACAACUUCCAGACCCGGUACCUCGCCAUGUUCCCCUACGAGCUCGGACUGAAGGGCAUCGCCGUCGCCCUGGCCCCGACAGCCGUAGGCUACAUGAUUUUCCGCGGCGCCAACAACCAAAAGAACCGCUUCCGCAAGGACCCCAACGACCCCCGGAUCAGCCACAUCAAGUACAUUGAGACUUCCCAGGGCUCCAAGCUGAUGAUCUCGGGUUGGUGGGGAAUGGCCCGCCACAUCAACUACCUCGGCGACUGGCUCAUGUCGUGGUCGUACUCGCUCCCCACUGGAAUAUCCGGCUUCGUCAUUAUCGAGUCGAUCAAUGCGUCCACCGGCGAGCUUGAGAGGCAGGCUGUGCAGACCCCGGAGUCGCGUGGGUACGCUAUCAUCUUCACCUACUACUUCCUGAUCUACUUUGGUGUUCUCCUCCUCCACCGUGAGCGACGUGAUGAGGAGAAAUGCAAGAGGAAGUACGGCAAGGAUUGGGACCGAUACACUUCCUUGGUCCGCAGCCGCAUUGUCCCUGGAAUCUAUUAA